CACCCGUUAAAGAAAAUUCUCGCCGUGUAGUACGGUCUCCAUGAUGAAACCCCGUGUCCCCCAAGUCCUUUAAAUUGACUGUCUGCCCGACACUGACCCAUCCCAAACGAAACGAAAGCAAUACAGACUCAACUCAAAGAGAAUCUAAGAGAGAACAAGAGGUUGCGUAUUUGAAUUUUUGAACAAGCUCAGGGUGGAUAUGAAAAGCAAAACCGCGAAGGGGAAUUGGAGCCUGACGACGAGGAAGCUACGGUUACUGGCGGUCUUCCUCUUAUGCUUCUUGCUCUUCCUCGCAGUCGCCGGCUUCUUCGCCUCUUCUCGCCUCACCGUUCAGGGUAUUUCUGGUGCUAGGCAGAGACCGAGACGGCUCAAGUCAGUCAACGAGGGAACUGAGUACAGUUUGUUGAAUCCUGGAGAGACCGGAGACGAUUCUGUUACUUCAAUUCCCUUUCAGGUUUUGAGCUGGAGGCCGCGGGCUGUAUAUUUUCCUAAUUUUGCAACACCAGAACAAUGCCAAGGCGUAAUAAAAAUGGCAGAGCCGCGUCUUCGACCGUCAACCUUGGCUUUACGGCCGGGAGACACAGAAGAGAGCACAAAGGGAAUCAGAACAAGUUCUGGCGUAUUUCUUAGUGCUGAGGAAGACAAAACUGGGAUUUUGGAUGUGAUUGAGGGAAAAAUUGCAAGGGCGACAAUGCUUCCCAGGAACCAUGGAGAGGCAUUCAACAUCUUGCGAUAUGAGGUUGGGCAGUUGUAUAAGUCUCAUUAUGACGCAUUCAAUCCUACCGAAUAUGGCCCACAGAAGAGCCAAAGGGUUGCUUCUUUCUUGUUGUAUUUGUCUGAUGUUGAAGGAGGGGAAACCAUGUUUCCAUUUGAGAAUGGCUUGAACAUGGACGCAAGCUAUGAUUUCCAAGACUGUACGGGUUUGAAAGUGAAGCCACGCAAAGGGGAUGGACUUCUAUUUUAUUCACUGUUCCCAAAUGCCACCAUUGAUCCGAUGUCGCUUCAUGGAAGCUGUCCCGUAAUUCGAGGUGUAAAAUGGGUGGCUACAAAGUGGAUCAGGGAUCAAGAACAAGAUGAUUAGUGUGUAAUUCAAAAUUUUGUUUUUAUCCUGUUCGGCAUGUAAUAUUCUUGGAGUUUUGACAAAUGUGUGAAUUGUCUAGUAAUUUCUCAUGUCACAUCACCAUUACAUUACAGUAAAAUAAAAUUACAAAUGGAGGGAGUAGAAGACCCCAACAAACA